AUGUUUCCCUGUUGCAGCGGCAUGCGCUGCGACACGGCCGGCGACCGCGCGUCCCCCGAGCAGGCGGAGCGCUCCCUCUUCCUGGGCGCGCUGGUCGCCCACAUGGACACCCUGCGCGCGCGCAUGGGGGGCGACUGGGCCGCCUUCGCCGACGAGCUGCACCACCGCAUACUCCCCGCGGUUCACGGAACGGGUGACGUCAUCAUCGACGUCACCUCCCUGCAGAAGAUGGCGGACGGCGUCAGGGAGCAGUGCAUGGCGUGGCCCGGCCCGGUGCGCGCAUGGUUUGACGCGCUCGCGCCAAAAUUGCGCGCGGCCGCGGCCGGCAUCGCGCUCCCGAGGGGGUGGCGGGAGAAGCAGGACUUGCUCAACCACUUUCAGCAGAUAGAGAGGAGGCUAGGGAGGGGAGAGGACUUGCAACGAGAGCUCAAGAUUGCAAAAGCUUCGGGGGAGUCCUCCCCCGGCUUCAUGGAGGUCGCCCUCUUCUUCUGCACGCUCCGCGCGCCAUCCGGCCGCCGCACGCCCGCCGAUUUCUUUGGCACCGCGCGCGCGCUCGCGCCCUCCGAGGGCAUCGUCCGGGUGUCCCUCCCCGACUUCGACGGUGUCGCAUCGAAGUGCCGAGAGCUGCCCUUCGGCUGGACAUAUAGUCGAAAGCGGGCGACCGGGAACACUAGCAAGAGCCUGGAGAUCAGCGCGUGCAUCGUGCUCGACAUCGAGCAUUUCAUGCGCCACGUGGCGGCCGGCGCCGCGCCGGGCGGCCGCGAGGCGACGGUGUUCGUGCACGGGUUUAAUAGCUCCUUCGCGUGGGCCGCGCUGAAGAUGGCGCUCUACGCGUACAAGAUGCGCGAGCACGCGAUCGUCCUCUUCAGCUGGCCGUCUUUCGAGUCCGUCGAAGAGUACGGCGGCGACGAGGCGCACGCGAUGUGGGCGGUCCCCCAUUUCGUUGCCUUCAUGAAGCGCCUGCUGACGUCAUACCGCCUGGAGAGGGUGCACGUGCUCGCGCACAGCAUGGGCUCGCGCGUCGCGCUGUACGGCCUCGCGCGCCUUAUCGGGUGGCAGGCGCCGAGGGGCGCGGCGCGCGCGCGGUUGGGGCAGCUGGUGCUGGCCGCCCCGGACUUCGACACCGGGGAGUUCUUCGACCUGCAGGCGGAGCUGAGCCAAGUGGUGAGAGAACUUGUGCAGAAUUUACGCGCGCUUUAUGAACUUCUUUCUGAUAACCCGUGCUUUGACACCGAAGAUUUCUUCGACCUGCAGGCGGAGCUGAGCGAAGCGGUGAGGAAACUUCUGCAGGAUUUACGCGCGCUUUUUGAACCAUUCUUUAGUAACCGGUCCUUUGACACCGGGGAGUUCUUCGCCGAGCUGAGCCAAGUGGUUGAGCGCGUCACCGUUUACUGCUCCGCCAACGACCAGGCCCUCCACGUGUCCGCGAGCGUGCACGGGGGCCUCCCACGCCUGGGCCACUUCAGCGCGCGCGCGCUGCUCUCCGCGAGCCGCCACGUGCCCCUCGCUGACAACUUUGACGUCAUCGACGCCACGGGUUUCGACAAGAGCGUGAUCGGCCAUACGUACGUCUUCACGCACACCGGCGUGGUGGAGAACGUGUGCGCGGUUUUGCGCGGCGCGGCCGCGGCGUCGCGGCGCGCGACGCUGCGCCUGGAGCGCUUCGAGGACGCGUUCCGUUGCUGGCGCUUCACCGGGUUGGCGGAACGGCCGGAGAAGGCGGAACAGGAGAACGUGGAGUCGGAACUAUGUGAAGAGCAUAAGACGUCGUAG